AUGAUCGCCGGAAAGGACAUCUACGAUGUUUUUGCAGCAAUAGUCCCACUAUAUGUUGCUAUGAUUUUGGCCUACGGUUCUGUCCGGUGGUGGAAAAUCUUUACGCCGGACCAGUGUUCCGGCAUCAACCGGUUUGUAGCAGUCUUCGCCGUCCCAUUACUGAGCUUCCAUUUCAUCUCCUCCAACAACCCUUACGCCAUGAACUAUAGAUUCAUCGCCGCCGAUUCGCUGCAAAAAAUAGUCAUUCUCACUGCCCUUUUUCUCUGGCAAAUCUUCAGCAAAAAUGGCAGCUUAGAAUGGCUAAUCACUCUCUUUUCACUCUCCACCCUUCCAAACACACUUGUUAUGGGCAUUCCUCUCUUAAAAGCCAUGUAUGGAGAUUUCUCUGGGAAUCUGAUGGUUCAGAUUGUGGUUUUACAGAGUGUAAUUUGGUACACUCUCAUGCUCUUCGUGUUUGAAUAUAGAGGAGCAAAGCUUCUUAUCUCCGAGCAGUUCCCAGAGACGGCGGGUUCGAUCACCUCCUUCCGGGUUGAAUCUGACGUCGUUUCACUCAACGGCCGUGAGCCACUUCAGGCCGAUGCUGAGAUCGGCGACGAUGGUAAGCUUCAUGUGGUGGUGAGAAGAUCAACCUCUUCAUCAAUGAUAUCAUCAUACCAAAAAACCCAUGCAUUGACAUCAAUCACUCCAAGAGCAUCAAACCUCACAGGAGUUGAGAUUUACUCCGUUCAAUCUUCCAGGGAACCGACGCCGAGAGCUUCAAGCUUCAAUCAAACAGACUUUUACGCCAUGUUUUCGAGCAAAACAGCGAGCCCAAAACAUGGGUAUACGAACAGUUAUGGAGGGGAUGUGUUUUCUCUGCAAUCAUCAAAAGGACCAACACCAAGAACAUCAAACUUUGAAGAGGAGAUGAUGAAGAUUGGGAAGAAGAAAAUAGGGAGGAGUAUGAGUGGUGAGUUGUUUAAUCAGGGAAUGGUUUCUUCUUCAUACCCACCUCCAAAUCCAUUGUUUUCAGGGUCUAGUACUGGUGGAGCUUGGAAGAAGGACGGUGGGAGUGGUUCAAUGCCCAAUAAGGAGCUUCACAUGUUUGUUUGGAGCUCAAGUGCUUCACCUGUGUCUGAGGGGAAUCUUAGACAUGCUGUUAAUAGAGCUGCUUCUUCUGAAUUUGGGGUGGUUGAUUCAUCCAAGGCUGUUCUUCAGCAAGAGAUUGCUGCAUCAAGAGGCAUGCAUGAUUCGACUGGUAAUGCAAGUCCUGCUGGGAAAAUCAAUGGUGAUAGGGAGAGUGACAUAGAAGAUGGUUCGAAGUUUCCGGCGAAUGGCUCUCCGUACACAUAUAAGAAGAAGAUAGACAUGGAAGAAGAAGAUGGAGAGAAGAAGCACCGGAUGCCUCCUGCAAGUGUCAUGACUAGACUCAUACUUAUCAUGGUUUGGAGGAAGCUCAUAAGAAAUCCCAACACCUACUCCAGCCUUUUGGGGGUCAUAUGGUGGAACAUCCAAAUGCCCUCCAUAAUGAGGGGAUCAAUAUCAAUCUUAUCUGAUGCAGGAUUAGGAAUGGCUAUGUUCAGUCUAGGUUUAUUCAUGGCUCUUCAGCCAAAGAUCAUUGCCUGCGGAAAAUCUGUUGCUACAUUUUCAAUGGCAGUUAGGUUCUUAACAGGUCCUGCAGUAAUUGCUGCAACCUCCAUUGCAGUUGGUCUUAGGGGAGUUCUUUUACACAUAGCAAUUGUUCAGGCUGCUCUUCCCCAAGGAAUAGUUCCGUUUGUAUUUGCAAAAGAGUACAACGUCCAUCCGGACAUCCUAAGCACAGCGGUUAUAUUUGGAAUGCUUAUUGCGUUGCCCAUAACGAUACUCUACUACGUGCUUCUUGGGCUACAGGCAGCAAUAGAUCUAGAUCUUAUAAAGCAAUGGAAACUGUAG